AUGGCGAGCGGGGAGGAGGCGAGACGCCCCUCUGUUUGCUCCUCUUCUGUCGGUCUUGAGGCCCUUUUCCCAGCCGAAGGAUCCGAGCAAGUCUGCGGAGAUGGUAACCCAGAGCUAAUGCGACUUCGGGAGCGACUGCAAGGGUGGUUGUCGCAAUACGAGCCCGUAGUGUUGUGGGUGCAGAGCCUCCUCGUCUGGGAGAGGCCGCUGCACAGCAUCAUCGUCGCUCUUGCCCUCAAUACAGUCUUCUGGCUUCUUUCGUCAACGUCUUUGCGACCCUUAUUUCUUCUGAGUGUAUGUCUCCUCGGACUUACCCUGCUGGAAAAAUGGAAAGACAAGUUACCGAAAAUGACAGUGCUGAACACAGAGGCUCCAGUGACUGAAAGAGAGACCAUGACAGGGCAGCCUCGUCUUCUCAGCGUGGCAGAACUCAGCCACCACUUGGCAGAGAGCUAUCUCACCUGUAGCCUCUACAUCCAGGAGAUGCUGCAGUAUAAACGCCAGAACCAUGGCAAGUUCUGUGUGAUGAUGUGCUUUGGUUGUUUCACCAUGGCAGUUGUUGGACAUUACAUCCCAGGAAUUAUGAUUUCCUAUAUUAUACUGCUGAGUGUCCUGCUUUGGCCGUUGGUGGUGUACCAUGAGCUGAUUCAGAAGAUGUAUACUGGACUGGAGCCCAUUCUGAUGAAGCUGGACUACAGCAUGAAGGGAGACACACAACACCGUAAACACGACAAGAGGAAGGUGAAGAAGGAGGUGGAGGAAGGAGAUGAGCCGAGGGCGGAGACGGAGAGCGAGAGCGAGGAGGAGCUGUCCUGUUUCGCUCCCACUGUGGAUGUGAAGACCACUGCCUUGGCCAUGGCCAUCACAGAUUCCGAGCUGUCUGACGAGGAGGCCUCCAUCUUGGAGAGUGGAGGUUUUUCUGUAUCCAGAGCCACUACGCCCCAGCUCACAGACGUCUCUGAAGACCUGGACCAACAGAGUGUUAACAGUGAGCCAGAAGAGACCUUCUCUCGGGACCUGCCAGAGUUCCCAUCUGUGGACGAUUUUCCGUCCAUGGAGCCUGGCCUCUUCCAAUUCCCCUUGGGCAUACCAACAUCUGGACAGGCAGAAGGCCCCAGUGCGGAGCUCCGCGAGGAGCCCCAGAGUCCUGCCAGCCUCCUCAUUCAGCAUCUGGCCUCCCCUCUACACUUCGUCAAUACGCAUUUCAAUGGGCACGGGCAACCCCCGGGGGCCAACCUUGGCGCGUCGGGCUCUCAGAGGGAGGGAGAGGGGGGUGGCGAACGUUCCCGGGCAUCGGGUCGGUCCUCCCUCGAGGCUCUGAGCGAGGAGAUAGUUAGCACGGCCAUUUCGGCGGUGGUGCAGAACACUCUGUCAGCUUUGCUGCACUCGUCUGAGGCCAGCGAAGCACCCUCCAUGGCCGAGUUCAUGCCCACCGAAACGCCCCCCUGUCCCAUGGAGCUGCCUCUCGAGUCGCCCCUCUCUCAGGGCACGAGUCUGGACGAAGAGGACGUUGACGUGGUCACUGAGACGAGCAUCGAGGAGCCGCCCGAUGUCACGCUCAUGCCGACCGAGGAAGAGGACUUUGAGCUACUGGACCAAAGCGAACUGGAACAGAUGGACGAGGGACUUGGCCUGAGUUUUGACGGACAGGGGGUGGGCGGGUCCUCGUCGACGGACACACCCCAAAGCGACCAGCACCAAGAAGAAUCCUAGCUCUCCCGUCUGUCUGUCUGUCUGUCCUAAACUGUUCCCUUUUAUUUAUAGUUCAUGUGUAGAUAAUAUACCAUAUACUGACAUGUACGCUUUACGAGAAGGAUCUGUAGACCAGUUACAGUGGGUUUUGUCUGUGUGUGUGUGCGCGUGUGUGUGUGCGCGUGUGUGUGUA